AUGAAGAAGCCCCAAACAUUGAGGGAUCUUAAAGAAGCCCGGAAGGAAGCGAUCGCAAUCACGGUCUUCCUCGCUCUGAUAGCAGUUCUGGCUGCUUUAGUUUUCAUGAAUCCCCCAUCUUCAAGAAGUGCAAGAAUUCACCAUCCAAGACCCACGAGUUUACAGACUCCUCUGAGUUCGGUGAUCAAAAAAGCUUGCACUAAAACUCUUUACUCUUCUUUGUGCUUCACCACCCUCUCUUCCAUUCCUCCCUCCAACGCAACCGUAACUUUCCAUCAUGUUCUUGAGUUUGCUAUCAAUCAAACCAAGGAACAUGUGUUGAAUACCCAAGUUGCAAGCGUGGCUCAUUUUGAAAACCAAGAAUUGAAUGCACAGCAGCAAAAUGCACUUAGGGAUUGCAUGGAAAUGCUUGAUCAGACCACUUAUGAACUUGAACAAGCCACUGAUGACUUGCAUAAAUUUCCUUCAAAAAGAGGAUAUAUUCCGAGAUCUCAUGGGUACCUCAAAAUCCUCCUCAGUGCGGCAAUGACUAAUGGGUACACCUGCAUUGAUGGUUUGUCUGACUUGGAAGAAUUAGGUUCAGAUGGCCAAAAGGAUCUGAAAGGCCACUUUGAAAAUUUGCUUACUCCAAUCUCUCACAUGAUCAGUAAUUGUUUGGCCAUGAUCGCAGAAGUGGAGAGGGAAAUGCGCAAAGAAACUCUCAACAAUCCAAGGAUGUUGAGUAUGAAAGUGCAAGAAGACGGAUUCUUGGAUUGGAUGACUGUAGCAGAUCGAAAACUAAUGGAAACACCAACUGAAUUGAGUCCUAAUGUAAUUGUAGCCUCUGAUGGCAGUGGAGAUUACACAAGAAUUGGGGAGGCAAUAGCCAAUGCACCAGACUUUGGCACGAAAAGAUACGUAAUAAAAAUCAAUGCAGGAAUCUACGGUGAGAAUGUGGUCAUUCCGAGGGAGAAGAUUAAUCUGAUGUUAACUGGAGAUGGGAUGAACUCAACAAUUCUCAUUGGGUCCAAAAAUUUUGUGGAUGGAUACUCAACUUUUGCUUCAGCCACCCUGACAGUGGUUGGAGACAAGUUCAUUGCCCAGCACCUAUCAAUCAUUAACACAGCAGGGGCAGAGAAGCAUCAGGCAGUUGCCCUGAGGGUUACGUCCAAUGCUGCUUUCUACCGUUGUGAGAUGAUCUCUUAUCAGGACACUUUGUAUGCACACUCCCUGCGUCAAUUUUAUCGUGAAUGCUCAAUUGGAGGCACCGUGGACUUCAUCUUCGGAAAUGCAGCUGCAAUCUUCCAAAACUGUCUCAUUCUUCCCCGCAAACCAGGUCCAGGACAGAGAAACAUGAUCACUGCCCAGGGGAGGGAAGAUCCCAAUCAGAAUACUGGCAUGAUAUUGCAGAAUUGCACGAUAAAGGCUGCACCAGACUUCCCAUUUCAAGAUAGGAAAUACUUCCCAACAUUUCUGGGCAGGCCAUGGAGGAACUUUUCGAGGACUAUCAUCAUGAAGAGCUAUUUAGAUGACCUGAUAAAUCCGCAAGGAUGGAGUGUGUGGAACCAAUACAGCAGGCUGGACACCAUUGAGUACAUUGAAUACAUGAAUACAGGACCUGGCUCCGACACCAGAAGAAGAGUUCAAUGGGGAGGGUACAAGAAGAAUUGCACAGAAGACAUAGAGAGACAGUUUGCCGUUGGAGCAUUCUUGCAUGGAGCUGAUAACUGGUUAGAAUCGAUAGUGUUCCCUCUCUUGAGCGGUUCCUGA